AAUACUACGUAGUUAUCACUCACAACCUUUUUGCAACUAUCCACUUCAAUGGAGAAGAAUAAUCCAUUGCUUCCAUUUGCAUUCACCAGUUCUGUCAUCAAUGACAUCAACCCUUUGAACACUACCCCACGGGCAAGAACUGUGAUUGAUGAGAAUGCCUCUAGUCGAUACCACACGAGAACGACCCAUUUGGUCACACCUGAACUGGAUAGACGAGUCCCACUAGGUGAUAGAAUAGUUCCCAGUCUUAAGAGAAAGUUGACCAGUUUUAAUGAGCGAGAUGAUAUCAAAAGAGCAGAUAUUGAAUUGCCUACUGAAAUAGACGAUCACGAGGAACUACCACCCAGCUCACCACCCGUUGAAAUCCCGUUGAUGUCGGAGUUUGACUUUUCCACCACAACACAUGCGGUUCCUGAGUCGCCCAAGCAUAUCCAUAAUUUACCCAGUGAGCCCGAUGUGAUCUUACCCCAUCGAAACAUUAGUUCUGAUGCCGACUUUGGCAUUGAUCGGUUCAAUCGGUUCAAAGUCAGUUUCAACGACUUGCCCUCGUCCAACGCCGACGAUGAAUACAAAGACACAGGCUUCAACAAGGCGAGACUGGUCAUCUUGGAGGCAUUUGAGAGUAUCGAGACGGUCAUCAAUUUGCAGUCGAUGAACCUCCAUGACCUCCCCAAUGAAAUUAAGGAUUUGAACAACUUGGUGAUAUUCGAUACUGCAUCCCCCAGCUACGAGCUCUACUUGUCCCACAAUAAACUCACGACGUUGCCUCCUUCGUUGUUCAAGUUUACCAAGUUGAACGUGUUGGUGCUUCGACAUAACAAGAUCAGUCGUAUUCCUCCCUUGAUUGAAAAAUUAACCAACUUGACGGAUUUGACGUUGAGUACAAACAAAAUCUCCUGGUUGCCAUACCAGUUAUUGCAUUUGCCAAAACUUCAAACGUUCCUGGCUGGACCUAAUCCGUUGAUGAGAAUACCCGAAGACGACGCCAUAGAGUGCAACUACACAUUAUCAACUCAUGAAUGUCAUCACAGAACUAGCAUAAACUAUCUAUCACCACACAAGUCGAAGGUACCUUCAUUGAAGAGCUUGUGUUUGGACAAGAUAGCAAAUUACGACAUAACAUACAAGGAAACGAGGAUUUGGAAACAGCAAACGCCCAAGGUGUUCCACACGCUCAUGGCCAAGGCCAUAGCCCAGGGAAAACAGAGAGAUACGUGUAAUCAAUGUAGCUUAAUUGUGGUUGAACCUGUGGCUGAGGUAUUUGAGUGGUGGGAUAUUCUUGAGAAUCGCAACAUCCCUAUUCGCAAACAAUUCUGUUGUCAAGGUUGUGUUGACCGGUACCUCAAUCUGCUAGAUUAAGUUUUUUAUAAUUGUUGGAAGUUUAAGUUUAAGUUUAACUUGGAUAGCUAAUAUCGCUGUAGCUAUUGCCUGGUAGAUAUGCGUAGACAGCUUACUUUACUGUGAUCUAUCUCUAGCCAGCACAGUCUGCCAACUAGCACAGUCUGCCAACUAGCACAGUCUGCCAACUAGAACAGUCCAUAUGCGCAGUAGACCACACUCGUAUAGCAAGUCGCAGUUGCACCCAAAAAAUGCGGAACCCUUUUAGGAGGCGUUGUCACACGCGCGGG